AUCGGCCAUUCUCUCUUCCACUGCGACAAUUCUCAAUCACAGGCAACAUGGGUCGUCUUCACAGCAAAGGCAAAGGCAUCAGCGCCUCGGCGAUCCCCUACUCGCGCUCUGUGCCCACCUGGUUCAAAUCCACCCCGGAGACUGUGGUGGACAACAUCUGCAAACUCGCAAGGAAGGGUGCGACACCGUCACAAAUUGGUGUUGUGUUGAGGGACAGCCAUGGUGUCGCGCAAGUCAAAGUCGUUACUGGUAACAAGAUCCUGAGAAUCCUCAAGUCGAACGGUCUGGCACCAGAAAUUCCCGAAGACCUUUACUUUUUGAUCAAAAAGGCCGUCGCCGUCCGUAAACACCUCGAGCGCAACCGAAAGGACAAGGACUCGAAAUUCCGACUCAUCUUGAUCGAAUCAAGGAUUCAUCGCCUCAGCAGAUACUACAAGACCGUCGGUGUUCUGCAACCAAAUUGGAAAUACGAGAGCGCCACUGCAAGCACCAUGGUGGCAUAGGUGUAGUGUGGCAAGGACGGGGAUGCCACAAAUGGAGUGCAAACUACCGAAGAAGAAAAUCAAGAGGCCAAGUGAUGGAGUCAAAUUCUUCAGCGAGUUGCGGUUGAUUGGCGACCCCGCUGGGAACUGGGAAGCCUGGAUCGGAGUCGUUAUGAGACCUUACUCGAAACCGCCUCGGGAAUCCAAGACGAGAUACGGACACAAGAGCUUCAAGGCGAAUGCAUUCUGUAUCAGAGCUCGCCUUCAAUAGACCAAUCGAACCGAUGUCUGAUUUAGCGUAAUGGACUCGGCAUCAAAUACAUGAUUGCACACCUGAGUCAAUGGUAAAAUUGAAUAUCCUCGCUUUUUGAAGGUCCA